GAAUUUCCUUCUCAAUUCAUUCCCUCAAUUCAUCCUGAUUCGUGUCCCGGUCUCCCCGGUGCCGUUUUCUGAAAUUGUACCGCAUAGUUAAUUGCGAAGCCCGAGUGGGUGGGUCCACGCGCACACCCCGGCUCCGGCCAAGACGCCGAUGCCUGAGCUCCGCGUCGGGCGCCUGAAUCUUCGUCCCGCUCCCUUCGCCUGGCCUCGUCACAAAUCCCAGUUUGAAAGAAAACUUCAAGCGGCCGAAAUGAACCUCCCCUCACCGCUCCAAUCCUUCCUUCCCAGCCGGCAGAAAACCCCGACAUUGUCACCUCCUCUUUGAGGGGUUAGAAGAAGCUGAGAUCUCCCGACAGAGCUGGAAAUGCACUGCACUUUGACUAUGGAAACAGAGGCUAUUGAUGGCUAUAUAACGUGUGACAAUGAGCUUUCACCUGAAAGGGAGCACUCCAAUAUGGCAAUUGACCUCACCUCAAGCACACCCAAUGGACAGCACGCCUCACCAGGUCACAUGACAAGCACAAAUUCAGUAAAGCUAGAAAUGCAGAGUGAUGAAGAGUGUGACAGGAAACCCCUGAGCCGUGAAGAUGAGAUCAGGGGCCAUGAUGAAGGUAGCGGCCUAGAAGAACCCCUAAUUGAGAGCAGCGAGGUGGCUGACAACAGGAAAGUCCAGGAGCUUCAAGGCGAGGGAGGAAUCCGGCUUCCGAAUGGUAAACUGAAAUGUGACGUCUGUGGCAUGGUUUGCAUUGGGCCCAAUGUGCUUAUGGUACAUAAAAGGAGUCACACUGGUGAACGUCCCUUCCACUGUAACCAGUGUGGAGCUUCUUUCACUCAGAAGGGCAACCUUUUGAGACACAUAAAGUUACACUCUGGAGAGAAGCCGUUCAAAUGUCCUUUUUGUAGCUAUGCCUGUAGAAGAAGGGACGCCCUCACAGGACACCUCAGGACCCACUCUGUGGGUAAACCUCACAAGUGCAACUACUGUGGACGAAGCUACAAGCAGCGCAGUUCAUUGGAGGAGCACAAGGAGCGCUGCCACAACUAUCUCCAGAAUGUCAGCAUGGAGGCUGCCGGGCAGGCCAUGAGUCACCAUGUACCUCCUAUGGAAGAUUGUAAGGAACAAGAGCCUAUCAUGGACAACAAUAUUUCUCUGGUGCCUUUUGAGAGACCUGCUGUCAUAGAGAAGCUCACAGGGAAUAUGGGAAAACGUAAAAGCUCCACUCCACAAAAGUUUGUGGGGGAAAAGCUCAUGCGAUUCAGCUACCCAGACAUUCACUUUGAUAUGAACUUAACAUAUGAGAAGGAGGCUGAGCUAAUGCAGUCUCAUAUGAUGGACCAAGCCAUCAACAAUGCAAUCACCUACCUUGGAGCUGAGGCCCUUCACCCACUGAUGCAGCACCCGCCAAGCACAAUCGCUGAGGUGGCCCCAGUUAUAAGCUCAGCUUAUUCUCAGGUCUAUCAUCCAAACAGGAUAGAAAGACCCAUUAGCAGGGAAACCUCCGAUAGUCAUGAAAACAACAUGGAUGGUCCUCUCUCUCUCAUCAGACCAAAGAGUCGACCCCAGGAAAGAGAGGCCUCACCCAGCAAUAGCUGCCUAGAUUCUACUGACUCAGAAAGCAGCCAUGAUGACCACCAGUCCUACCAAGGAAACCCUGCCUUAAAUCCCAAGAGGAAACAAAGCCCAGCUUACAUGAAGGAGGAUGUCAAGGCUUUGGAUACCACCAAGGCUCCUAAGGGCUCUCUGAAGGACAUCUACAAGGUCUUCAAUGGAGAAGGAGAACAGAUUAGGGCCUUCAAAUGUGAGCACUGCCGAGUCCUUUUCCUAGACCAUGUCAUGUACACCAUUCACAUGGGUUGCCAUGGCUACCGGGACCCACUGGAAUGCAACAUCUGUGGCUACAGAAGCCAGGACCGUUACGAGUUUUCAUCACACAUUGUUCGAGGGGAGCACACAUUCCACUAGGCCUUUUCAUUCCAAAGGGGACCCCUAUGAAGUAACGAACUGCACAUGAAGAAAUACUGCACUUACAAUCCCACCUUCCCUCAGAUGUUGACAUACCUUUUUUUGUUGUUUAAUAUUAUUACUGUCAUUAAUUCUUAUUUCGUGGACGCAGUGUCAUUUGCCUGCCUAAUUACAAUACGGAAGAAACAGAAGAGAGAAGGGACAAGGGAUAUUGUUUCUUGAUAACUUGGCUUGUUUAUUUUGUGGGAAUUUAAGAGCAGUUCCAUUUCUGCCACGCAUAAAUAUAAGGUAUAUCAUGCUUUGAAAAAAAAUCACUUGAUUCAUAUAGAUUCACCUGAGAGAUUCUAAUUUGCCACUGAUGUUCAGGAUUAUGAUUGAAGGCAGGAAAGUUUAGAGUUUUCUGGGUAGAACUUUCUCAGUUUAAAGUGGUAUAAGUAAUUUUACUCUUCAAGGAAGAAUUUUGUUUCAAAAUAUAAACUGUUUUUUUUCCCCCUCUAGAGAUCAUGGUACACAAACACAUUGUUAUUUUCAGAGAUAAACUCCUUGGAUGAGUUGUUGUGGAUUCUAUGUUUACUUCCCCAAUGGAAUUUAUAAUACGGUAUGUUAUACACUGUACCAUAUAGCAAAACUUUUGAACUACAGGUAGUUAAGGAUACCUACAAUACAUCUGAGGUCCUAUGAUCUUAUUUUUCUAAACUUAAGCACUGUUUUCCAUAGUUUUGAUGACUGGCAUUUUAUAGACACCCUGGCAGCCUUACUUUUAACACCUUUAAUGAAUAGUAUUUUUAUCUAGUUUUCAGAAUAACAUAUGGUCUAAGAGUGGCUAAAAGGCAGUUAGUAGUUUCCAGAAAGGACCUCUACUUUUCAUAAAUUUGGGAAGUUUUCUUUUAAAGUUAUAAUGUGAUGGCAGCACAGUAUGCGUAUUUGUUUCUAAAAGUAUGCUUACGAUUGUCACUUUAUCAGCAUUUAAUCAGUGUUAACCAGUCAGCAGAAAAAUAUAAUUAGGCUAACAGUGGGGUUGGGGGGGGACCCACUCAGCAAUCCCUUUUCUAGUAUGUCUCUUUUCACUGGUUUUUUUCAAGCUGUGACCACCCAGUGUUCUAUCUAUAGUCCAUUAUCUUUUACUAUUUGAGUGGGAGAUCAUAAAAAUCUUGCUAUAGGUUUUUGCUUUCCAAAUCUCAAAGCAAUUACUAAUUCCACCUGAAUGUGGUAACUUGAACCCCAUAAGGUUAUGGAACUAGGGCUAUUUAUUCUAGUAUUCCUUCAGUAAUAAUAGUUACCACUUUUGGUGCACGGAAAAGGGAACUUCUUUGUAACUUGUACAUUAGACUACAGAUAAACAAAAAACAAAGCUUAUUUUUACCCUUCUUGGAGUCUAGAAUGUAACCUAACCUCCAAGUGAAAGUCACCAUGUCCUGCACAUUUUUCUGUCUUGAAAACAUUCAACUAUUUAUAAGUCCUUGUCAGAAAUGAAUCUCAAUCCUUUAGUAAAAAUUUUCUCUUCUUUUAAUCCUUGCAUAUGUUGCCAUUUUUCAUGUGCAAAUUUUUUAUUUCGUUUAUAAGGGUGCUAUUUUUUCUCUGCAGUCCAACAGCAUUAAAGGGGAACCAGAUGAGAUCAAGUCAUUUGGGGGGGCGGGGAGACACACUUGGAUGCGGAACAUGCUGCUUGUGUUGAGGGAGGACAGUCCUGUCCGUGACUGGAAUAUCUAAUAGCCAUUUUUGAAUACUGGUUCAGUUAAGCAGUAACUGAUAACUGCUCUAAAAAAAUAUCAUUAAAUAGGAUGCUGAAACUAUGUUUCUUAAUACAGAUGCUGUGAGAACUAGCAAGAUUAGAGACGUAUGGACAGAGAAGCAAACCUGGCCCCAAUACUGCUCUUUACUCAUUUUCUUAUUUAUCAUCUGCUGAUUUAAGUGACUUCUAAGCACUAACACAGGUUAGAGCUAGGCAAAAAAGAUUAUAACUCAGCUCUCCUUUACUGGCCCCUCUUGUAAUUAUUUUUGGAGAAAUGUCCAAACUGUUCCUUUAAAUCAAAGAGAAUGUACCAAAACAGAGACAUGAAAUAUUUUAAAUAGAAUGUCAACUGUCUUUCUCCGCCCCCCCGGCCCCUCCGCUGCAUGCUUUGGUACAUUGUGAACAUACAAUAUGUCCAAAAGUAAAGCAUGUUUUUGAGACUCCCUUACUGCCCCUACCCUAACCACUCAAGAAAAUUGGAAUUUCAUAUAUUUUUUUUUUCCUUUUUGGAGGAAGGUAAAUAAAAGUUACUGAUUUUGUGUCUUACUGCAAUUUAAGGAAGCAUUUGGAUGGCAGAUAAUAUGUUCAUCACUUUGUGUGUGGAUCUCUGCUGGCAUCACCUAGGAAUUUUUUUCAGUGUAUGAACAAUCAUGUACCUAACUGCCCUGGGAUGAAGCUGAAUUUUAGGUGGACCUAAAGAGUUGUAUAGUACCCCCCUGAAGACAGUACUAAUGUAUACUCUGUUUCUCAUUUCAUCUCUUUGGAAAUCUCUUUUAUGGAAGGGACUGAAUAUUUGUGAGAGUGUAUUUGCUACAAGUGUAUACUUGUAUUUUCUUAGUUUCACUAUAUGAGGAACAGAAAGAGGUAAAGAUGUCUCAGGGUGUGGCAGGGACAAAUGAGGACGAGGUCAAUUCAAAUGUGCAGGUUAGAAAGAAUUUUUGUGGGCACAGUGCUUUCUGGGAAACUCUGAAUGGCUAUAUUUGCAUGCCUCCUUCACAAAAGGAAAUAUGCAAGUUGUUAGGGCCUAAAAAUAAAUAUGAGAGUCAGACACCAAAUAAAUCAAGUUUUACAUAACAUUAUAUGCCCAGUUUAUUUAGGUGAGAUUUCACAUUACAGAGUACUUGAGGGGCAUGAAAAUGGGUUAGCCUCUCUUUUCUAGUUUGGCAAAAAUUCAGAAAUUCAUCACAUUGCUUUGCCCUAAUUUUGCCCAGAAAUUUAUCUCCAGCUCCUGUUGGAGAUGUGUGCUGCCUCUCCCUAAUAGUGGUCAAUCACUUUUAAAAAGCCAUUCUAAUAUGGCUUUUUAGAACAGUGAAAAUGACCAAUAAGCAGAUUGGAAGAAAUUUCAAGUUGUUAAAACAUUCCGUUGAGAAUUUUCUGGUGGGACAAAAUGAGAAAAUGAGAGACCGGGAUUUAGAUUUGGCUACAAAGUAGGGAAUGUCUUUCCUAGAAACGUACAAGCAAUUGUAGGUGUGCAACAGUGUAUGUCUGUACACACGUACACACUCUUAAAGAAAAGUCAUGACAAGGAGCAAUUAGUGACCACAUGUAUUGCAAUAGCACAUAAAGAGUUAAAAUUAUAAUUAACGCCUGAGCAAUUUAGGAAAUUUACCUGAUUGUAUUAACAAAUAUUAAAGAAGUUAUUAGUGUGUCUUUAGGACUAGUUCAACUAUUAAACCUUGGGUCUUUACAAUCUAUUUCCAGAAAAAAUCAAAACAAACAAAAAGAUCUUUAAGCUGUUUUGGUAUAACUUCCAAAGUGAAAGAAACACAAAUAACUUUUAAAUAGGAAGAUACAGAAAAGAAAAAUGAUUACCUUUUACUUGUUGGCAAAUGGAGAAAGACUGGAAUAUUUUAGUGAGCUUGAUGUUGUUUUUAUUUAGUUAUUGUGUAUUGGUUCUACACCUCACAAAACUAUGAAGUCUUUAUAUGUUAUAAAAGUUUGACAAAAUAUACAUUAGUGAAGGCAUCUAGAUGAAAAUCAUGUUUUAUUCUCCAAAUGUUAUUUCAUCCUGUCUCCAAAAUGAUUCCGUAAAGUAGAAAAAGAACAGAAAAGACUGCAAAAAUAUAAACAAAAAUCUGCAUGCCCCUAGUUUCAAGACAGAAUUUAGAUUAUAAGAGGUACUGGCUACAUUAUUGUUUUUUUACUUUGAAAUGUUCAUUUUACAAAAAGGGAUAUGUUACAUAUGUGGUCAUCUUUAGUUACAUUUUAUAUAUUGUUUUAGUAAGUACUAUAUGCAAUUAUCAAAAAAAAAAAAAUCCCCAAACGCAAAAGAAAGAGUAGGGGUGAAAUUGAAGUUUGUAUAUAUGAGAGUUAUCUUAGAAAUGUUUUUAAACCUCCAGUUUCUGCAAAAUAAUUAAAAUAUACAGUAACUGGUAUCUUAAGAUCCUGAAUUUAACGUAUUAAAUACUUAUAAAAUUUCUUUAUAUUGGUGCCUUUUUAAAAUGCAUUGAGAGAGUGUUGGUUAGCUACUGUAGCUCUACAAACACUUUUAUUAUGUAUUUUUAAAAACCACUUAAAUUUGAGUACUAUAUAAUACAUCUUCGUGUUCUUAGGGCAAAAUUGUUAGAGGAAUUUCCAAUACAGAGAAUUUCAGCUCAUCUGUUUUAAAGUAAAAGGAAACUUUGAAACCAGUUUUUAAUCUUAUUAGUUUGAUAGUAUUUCUGAAUACCAUUACAAGAUCACGUAGGUAAAAUAUGGCAUAGAGGGAAAUUUCAGCUGUGAAUUGCAUUAUGGUAUGUGUUUUUGUUUUGUUUUUAAGGAAGAAUAAGUUCUAGUAUCACACAAGGCUUUAUUAGUGGAAUUUUUGGUCAAUAAAAUACAGUAUUGUUUUGGAAUUUACAGACUAGUGUUGUACUAGUCUGAGAACCACUGUCUCCUAAUCUGUUAAUGUUUUAUGGAAUAAUGUAAAGAAGCAGGUAAUUAAUUCUCCUUGAACAAAACAAAACUGAACAGUCAUAUCACAUUGCUAUUCUCCAAAGCAUAAUCUCAAAUGGUUUCCUACCAUGAUUGUGUAUUACUUGCAAUAGAUGUGUUAGGAUAUGACAGCUUUUAAAAAACAAAAACAAAAACAAAAAAAACAAGCUGCUUAUUAUACAAAGCAAAUGUCAUAUGACCAAGAAGCUGUGAUAUGCUAGUGUUUCUUUUUAUCAUAGUAUAUUACUAGGCCAAAUAAUGACACCUUGAAUAUUUUUACAUUUAUUGCAGAAACCUAAAAUUUUGGGAUUUCCGUAAGGUUUUUAUGUAACAUUAUAUUUGUAGCUUUUUAGUUUUCUCUUGCUGUACUGUAAGUCUAUGGAUAUUUUUCACAUGCACUCUUAGAAAUAAGUUCCUAAUUCUGUUUAUGGGGUUUUCCUCCCAUAACAUUGCAUUUGUAUAUUUUCUGUAUAAAUUUGUUGUGAAUUAACCUUUACCCCAUACAGAGAGUGGUACGUGAAUGACUAGUUUUCUAAGAUGUCCUUUUUAUUGUGAAUAAAAUAUAAAAUUUAGAGGCCCUCUGCUAAGCCACAUAAAAUACAACAUAUAACUUCAUAAAGGUACAGAUAAGCCAGUUUGCAGUUAAUUGGGCCCUUCAAAUUACCUCAAGUGACACACAGUAAGAAAAGCUUCUCAAACGGGUGCAGGUCACUGAAUCCCCUACUAUGCACUUAUCAGGAUUCUACUUAAUUUACUGGAAAUGGAUUUUUAAAAAAUGAAUACACUGUAACAAGGGAAGGACUCUGGGUUUGGGUUCUUGUUGUUUUAUUAUUUUGUGUAUGUUUUUUUAAGUAGUUCAGUUUCUGAAACUGUGAUAAAACAUUUUGACUGUCAAGCACGCUCAGAUUUUGAACAUAAAUCACUUCCCCUUCUGUGUAACGAAGUUCUUUGUUAGCUCUUAAGUUUUGUCUCUUCCCCCAUCCCCUUUGCUCCCCUGUCUGUGUCAUCCCUGGCCUCUGGACAGCUCUGCCUCUCCUUCCCCCACUAGUGUGACGAUUAGGUCAACUCUUCCGAUUCAUCAGUCUCUUAAGUCUUAACAUUUUUUGUGUGAUUUUUGUUGGCUGUAUAAUUUACUGACAUAUUUUUAUACUCAAGUGUAGUUUUAUAUUAAAAAGAGAAGUAGUUGGAUUAAACAUAGUAAGGUAUAUAACCCUUGUGCUACUUUCACUUUCAAAUGUUGGGUACCUAAAGUAGGACUUCAGAGAUUAUGUCAUCAUAAUAUGGUAUGUUUGCCUUCCUUUUUAGUUGGGUUUGUGUUCUGAUUUGGUUUUCCUUCUAAAAUGUAUGAGAGAUUAAACGAUUCUUUGCAAGAAUUUAGAAAGAUGUUAAAAGUCUAAAGCAAAAAGUCUUAACUGUCUCCCAGUUGGGAGAAAAUGCUUUAACAUUACUAUAAUAAUAUUCCAGGUUUGGAGGGGGCUCUCCAGGCUUCAUAUCUGCUCUUAAUAGUUGAAUCUUUUAGACCAUGUGUUAUUUGCAAUCCCAGAAUGAUUGCUUCUGCUAUUUAGUUCAAAAGAUAUUUUUCUGUUCUUUCUGUACAAGUGCAAUACUUUCCUUGAAGUCUUAAAAACUAUGGUUAUUUUUUUUUAACUGACCUAUUCUUUCUUUAGUUAAUGACAAAAAGAAACCCUUGAAAAUCAUGGUAUGUUAGUUAAAGGACACAACAGGCAAAGAAAAAAUACUCCAUAGUCAAAAGAUUAGAGAAUGUUGAAAACACUAGUCUAAUCUUAUGGUAUCUAUAUUUAGGCUAAAUUUUCACUGGAAUUGGUAAUCUUUUGCCUGGGAAAUGUGUCCUAAAGUUGAAAAAGUUGCAGUUCUUAAAGACUGAAUUUUCUUCUUAUCCUUGCCCAGUGUUUUAAAUAUUUUUUAUUUCAUUUUCCUUCUUUUGGAAAUGAACUUUAAAAUAAAAGCAAAGCACUUAGCUCAAUUUUAAACACCUAUCACCUACUGAAGACAAUUUUUAAGAAAUAUUUGGAGCACUGUUUUCAUACAAAUUUAAGUAAGUAUUUUUCGUAUCAUACAUAUUUAUAUGUAGAAUGCUGGUUUUCUUUUUUUAUACCUGUGUCCCUGUAGUAAAACUGCUGUAAUGUAAAUACAUGUUUUGUUAAAAGAUAACAUUUCUUUGGCAUUUCUUUUAAAGGCAGUUACUGCAUUUGUAUAGUAUGUGUCUUGGCCAUUUUAGAUUUUUUUCUUUAACAAUACCAAAGGUAAUUAGACUACUUUAAAAACUAAUUGCUUGACAGUUUCUAGGAUAUUUUGAGUUUUAGAAGCAAAAGAAAAAAAAAAUAGGUCAAACCAGUAAACCUCAUUUUUUUUCAAACUAAUAAUUUGGGAAAAUAAAAACUGUUUAAAAAAGAAAUAUAUAUAAAUAUAUAUGUAAAAUUAAAAUUCCAGACCUUGUAUGUCAGGUUUGCUCAGUGUAAUGUAGUUUUUUUAUGGCUCAAAUACAAUACCUCAGAAAAUGAGGUUUACUAUGGAAAUACUGAAACAGUCUUUGUAGCUGUGUGACGAGUCACUCUGCUAUAUUACCAAUUUGGAGACCUCUGCUAAACAGUUUUAUCACUGCAGACUAAAAUGUGGGACUUGUAUUUUCUUUGUUUUUAAUGUACACACGUACAUGCUCUGUGCAUGUGCGUGGGUACCAUGUAUACGUGUAUGAGUGUUGUAUAUGCAUGUGUGAGUGUGUGUAUGUGUGGACAACUAAAGAAGCUGCAGAAACUUUGUAAUACUUUGUGAAAAGGAUUAUAUUAUAAAGGUUUGUACUGUCUGAGUGCACAGCUACUGGAAUAAAUUUAGGGAAUCUCAGGAACAAGCAUAUAAUUUGUCCAAGAUUUAUUUCUUCUCAGAAGUGUAAGUGCAGUUUUUAAUUCUGUAUAUUAUUUAAUAUUUUACCAAUAAAAUAAACUUCUGACAUAAAAA